AUGCCAGCAAAAGAAGAUUGGUACCUUGACAGUGGUUGCUCAAAUCAUAUGACCGGGAGGAAGAAUUCUCUAGGAGAUCUCAAAUUGGAAGGAAACAACUAUGUAACUCUAGGUGAUGGAGAAAUAAGAGAAGUCAAAGGUGUUGGGAAGACAGAAGGGCAUGGUAUCCCUAAUCUAAACAAUGUUCUACUUGUACAGGGAUUGGCUGCAAACCUUAUAAGCAUCAGUCAGCUAUGUGAUGAAGGAUUUAAUGUCAGGCGUGACACAGGUUCUGGCUCUCAAAGUUUCAGAAUGUCUCCGCAAUCGAGUGAUGAAUCUCUUGUGUCAGACUCGGCAACACCGAAAGAGUCCUCUAACCCUAAUAGGAUUCUUAAGGUUGUCCCUUGGAGGAUGAUUAGCAGUGACGAAGUAAAGGCCACAAAGCCUAAAACGACUUACGCAAAAAGGCUCAAGGUGGGUAUUCACAACAAGGGUACCGAACCCACUGUAUCUGCUACCAUGGAGGAACUUUCUAAAAAAGGAUCCAAAUAUGUCCAUAGCGCAAUUACCAGGAUUGUUACUCGCAUUCUGAAGGAAAAUCAUCAAGCUGUUCACACCGUUGAUAGUGACCUAGAUGAAGAGGAAAUCAACAAGGAUGAACAAGGGAUUGCUAAGAAUACCAAUGUUACUGAGGAUGUCAAUGACAUCGACGAUAAUGAGCACCCUAAGGCCAAUACUGAAACUGAUACUAAUGUGGUAGGCUUAGAUGAGUACUCUGACGAUGAAUUACUUACCUCCUUGAAUCCUAGUGUAGCCAACAGGCUAAUGACAAGAAGAAAAGGCAAAGCUGUUGUCCAAAGAUCACCUAAAAGGAGCACUCAAGUGAAAAACCCUGCCAAAGAUGUUGUCAGGAAGAAGAGUACCUCUGCAGGUCCUAUCAAGAGCAAAGUUGUAACCAAGAGUAAAGGGGUUGGUCCAUCAAAAUCUUGGAGUAAGGUCAUUCCAAAGAAAAUAAAGGAGCAGGAAAUUGUUAAACCUGAAUCUGAUGUUGAAGUGAAUGUCCCUGACACUCCAUCGAGGAAGAAGUCUGCAACCAGCAAGCUUGCUGCUAAUAUUCCUGAAGUUCCCAUUGAUAAUGUGUCAUUCCACUAUGCCUCUAGUGCCAGCAGAUGGAAGUAUGUUCUCCAAAAGAGAUUGGCUGUUGAAAGGGAAUUGGCUCCAAAUGCUCUUGAGAACAAGGAGGUCUUAGAGCUGAUUCAAGAAGCUGAACUGCUAAAAACUGUUUGCAGUCUUCCCAAAUGUUAUGAGAAGCUGGUCAAAGAAUUUGUGGUGAACCUAUCUGAAGAUUGUGGCAACAACAGGAGUGUAGACUACAGAAAGGUGUUUGUGAGAGGUAAGUGUGUAUCAUUCUCUUCGUCUCUGAUUAAUAAAUUCCUGCGAAGAACAGAUGAAGCUCAAACUGAGCUGGAAGUAACAGACAACCAAGUCUGUCAAGUGAUCACAGCCAAGCAGGUAAACAGCUGGCCCCUGAAAGAGAAGCUAACUGCAAGUAAGCUGAUCAUCAAGUAUGCAAUGCUUCAUAAGAUAGGAGCAGCUAAUUGGGUUCCAACAAAUCACAAGUCCGCUAUCUCAACUGUGCUUGGCAGAUUUCUGUAUGAUGUAGGAACAUAUAGAGCAUAUAUUUUUGAGCAUAUGGAGAAUAUAUUUUUGACCAAACUAUGA